UGUGCCGUGUAUGUGGAAGCCGGAAGUUAAAGGGAGCUGUGUACCGGAAGUUAAAGUGCGUUCAAGAAUCGGUUGACAGCUUCGCCAGCCUCGAUUCGGGCAUUAUUUGAUUGCCUCGAAACGGUGUGUGCACAGCAGGAAACGAACGGUUGGCUUGUUGCAGCCGCGAAGUGAAAAGUGCGUGCUUUAGUGUGAAGUGAAGCCUUCGUGACGUGUGAAGCGACCCCUUUUUAGUAUCCUCGGUGGCCCGGCACGCAAUCGUGCUUAUCGUCAAUUUCGUGACCUACGCGUCGCCCUUUUCGUUGUGUCGGCCAUCCUUUCGGUCGUGAUGAAAUCGAUGAUAGGGCAGUGAGAAAAGCAACAUCACCCGACCCGGCAGAAGACAGCGCAGAAGACAGGACAAAUCGUGGUCCGUCCCGGGCAGCAGCGACGUGAAGCGGUGAAAAUGGAUAAACGUGCGGGCCUGAAACUUGGAUUAUUCUGUGCGCUCCUUGGAGUGUGCACCGCAGUGAAAAUUAUCAACCUGAAAGUCCCGUCGACCUACCUGCUGGACCAGACCUCCAAAACGCCCGACCCGCUAAUACUGGACUGCGAGUACGAGGUGGACGAGAACGAGAAGGGCUUCGUGUUAAAGUGGCUGCUAGACAACCAGCCCAUCUAUCAGUGGAUUCCAUCGAAAAAUCCGUUCCCCUUUCAAUCGUUUAAGAACCGGGUCGACACUUCGUACGUCGUGUCACAGGAGCACAUGCACAAGCAUCGAGCGAUGGCGAUCAUCAAACCGCUGGCCAACUUUACCGGCGAGUACAUCUGCAUUGUCCAGACGUACUCCGGGAUCGACCGGAAGUCGGCCAAGCUGAAAAUCAUCGUUCGGGAGAGCAAGUUUGACCUCAGCUACUACCUGAAUGGAGACGGUUACAUCACGGUUGAUUGCCACGCACGAGACAUAUCGCCCCUGCCGGAGCUACAGAUUCGCAUCAACGACGAGCUGUUCGAGACGGAGAACCUCAAAUCCGUCCAGGGCGAGAACGGUCUCUUCAACGUGUCCAUCAGCGGCAGGAUACGAAAGGAUCAGCUCGAGUCACCGGCCAUGAUCGAGUGUCUGCUCUCGAUACCGGAGACGAACUACAACAAACGCCGCUCGACGACGUACUACGCGCGCAAAACUAAAUCUAACAAUAAACCGCUUCCAGAAUCGCAUCUCAGAACCACGACCACCACGGUGGCGACCACGACGACGGUGGAAAUGCUACGCGCGGCACCGGAAAACCUUCAGAAAAGGGGAUCCAACAUGACCGAGUCGAACGGGGCUAGCAGUCUUCCGGUGCCGCUGCGAACGACCACAAGCCUGCUGGCGACCGUCGUGACGAUUUUACUGAUCUUCGCCACGACGCUUUUGUAGAUGAGCUUCAAGCAGUACACCGACGUCGAGAUCCGGAACCGCCGGCUGCACAUAAACUUCAUCCACAGCUAAGCACAGCAGCCCCAGGACUAAUGGGUGGACGCGUGUGAUAGUGGCCAAGCACGCCAAGCACGGGACUGGGCCUGAGAGCCACAACCAGUGAGGGGGGUGAAGUUUUUCAACGUUUUCUAAAGUUACUGUACCUGCCAUAGGAACCCGAAGGGCGUUGCAUUCGUGCACAGUUUUAGUUCGCUUUACGUUUAAGACAUUUUAAGGCAUUUCAUUUCGCGUCGUAACUGCCUGUGUAAGCUCUGUUCAAACGCUUGAACCCACCCCAGGAAGUCAUUUAGUGUCGGAUAAGUAACAAGUACAUUGCGCCGCGUCACUUCAACAGCUAAACCUACCAAAGAAGCGGAAAGCACCCUUACUUUCGCACCAAAGAGUGUGGCAGACCUACCCACAACACAACUGCUACCGUUGCCCUCAAGCGUGUCCGGUUCGAGGUCGUCGGUGUAUGAAGCGGAAACCAAAAAAAAAAAAAUUAGUAACUUAAAACAAAAAGGAAAAACCCAGAAGGGCAAAGGCGUGAAAACAGACCGAACCCGCGCUGCUGUAAAAAGUCGAACACGUUCUUAUGCAUUCGAUCGAGUUGAUAUACAAAAUAUCUGUCACACCACGUGGCCACGUGCCAGAUCGGUGUGACGAUCGGUUGCAAGCACGAUAACAGAAGACAGAAGAUGAGAACAAAUGGAAAACUUAAAACCAGCUAUUUUAUACAACUUUGCGAAGUGAUCGUGCCGCGUUCGAAGGCGCCACCCCGUGGGCGAUCUGGCGAGUGAUCGUGAUCGUAUGUAUGCCUGUAUGUGUCCGUUUAUGUGUGUGUGUGUAAAGUGCGUGCGAAAUUUGAUGCCUUAUGAACACUAAAAACUGAAACCGAGAGAAAGAGAGAGAGAGAGAGAAAGUGCGAACGAUCGCGGGCGAGAGAUUGGAAGAAAGAGAAAAAGAUGCAUUAAGAGAAAACAUACUACUGCACAACUCGUAUAUAUAUAUAUAUACAUAUAUAGCAACAUGUUUCUUUCUUUUUUAGAAGUAAAACAAAACACGGUGCACCGAAACGCGGGCUUCGUCAAACGAAGUCGAGGGGCGCAUAACGAGCGCCCAGAAGCAACGGAGGGCAGGAUAAUUGUAACAGGAACCGGGCGGGAAAACUAUCAAUGCGCGGUGGUCACAGUUUAUAAACGGAAUUGAAAGAUCGAACGCAAGAUCGAAACUCGAAGAAGGCCCGAGAAGGGACACUAAGCUGUAAAAAGGAUAAGGGAAGCGUAACGAAUCGAAGCAUAACACGUCCAGAGUGUCGAGAUACUAUUUGAUGUUUCUUCCUUUUGGUUCUGUUAGCGUUCUUCCGGAAGGAGCGCGAAAAGAAAGUGCAUACAGUAGCCGCCGUUACGGUGCGGUGCUUAGGACGGCCAAACCGGAAACAGAAACCCGGCUGCUUUAUGAGGUGCCGUCUCCAUGAGUGUCCAUGAGUCUCGUAUCGUCCGUGUCUGUAGGGUAGCUUGCAUUGGGUUAUGUUGCAGUUCCUUUAAUAGCGUGUCCGUGCCGUGGCAACCACCCUGAACACACUGGUUGAUGCAUUUCGAUAUGGUGAAGCCAUCUUCACAAGUUCAAAGCCAUAUACAAACGAAGCCACGGGCCGCGGGCUCAUCACGAUGGGGCAAGUGCGAAGAAGUUGCCCUUUUUUGGUUUUUAAACGAAUAAAUUCACCAAUCACCAGUCAAUCAAUCGCAGACACAAAAACACAUCGCAGAAUGGAACGUCAAUGACUUAUGAGAAGCGGGAUCGAUUUCAGUUGAGAUUCACAAGCAUUGUUUUCCGUGAGGCUGUAAAUUGUGAGGGCGAAAAACCAAGCGAAACAAUCGUGAAAAAUAAACAAAUC